AUGAGAUCAUCUUCCUUGCCCGGUCCUCAAAUCCAACAUUGGCUACACAAUCUCUCAAAGCGAGAGCAAUGGCGCCAUCUUCUUCGCGCUACGCUGCGCGAAUGCACCUACCUUCCUGACCCCAUCGCUCGCAUCUACAUGAAGGACCAUAUUCUCUCCCGAUAUCGUGCUGCUUCAUCCCGUUCCAAUAAGGCUGGUCCUCAGACGGUUCAUACAGCGAGAAACGCACUAUCUGUUCUACGACGUGCAAAUGAGGGCUAUUCGCGUCCUCUGGAGAAGGUGUUAUUCCUAUCAUACGGUCGCACUGGAAGACGGCGACAUGAGCUCCUGGCGAAGAUGUUAACGCCUCAAAUCCCCAACGACACUUUGGGUCUUCAAGAGCUGCUUUCUCAGCCCGCACAAUUCGGGGAUUGCUGGGAAGCUCCAGCUAUCGUGAGGAGCCUCGCAGCCGCUCACAUGCAAAACACAGUGGUUACAAGCGCCCGCAUCAGGCCUUUGAUCAAACACUUAAAACCCCCAAUCCCUCAACAGAAUACCUGGUGCAAAGAAGUGCCCGAGUCUCGGAGGAGAAAUAUUCGAAGGCGAUGGUACAACAGCACGCUGAAUAGCCUCCUUCCACCAUUACCAGAGGAUGAUCUCCGGAUUUUGGAUGGGCUGAUUUCGGGAACUGUGCCAUGGUCACCUGUGAAACGGAGGAAGGUAAAGACCCAGAUUGCCCAGACCGAGUCUGAGAGCAAACUUUUCACGUUGCUAGCCAGAGGCCCUGAGAAGGGCAAGACCUUUGCCGAAUAUGUCAAUGGCCGGCCGCAUACACUUACAGCCAGGUACAUGCGCCGCCAAUGGAGGCGUUUAUCUGCUCUUAUCCCACGGCCGUCCUGGAAUUCAGAAUACCAGAAGUGGAGCUUUACGUGGGAGACGCCAAAAGCAAUUCCUCGGUUGUCACCCGGGAUGGCCAAUGGCAUUGACCCAGCCAGCAUCUUCGAAAUGGUAGCGAAGGCAAAGAGCGGCGUGUCUAGAGAGCAUCGAGCACAAUAA